GUGGAGCGCUGGAGAGGUACUUUGGAUAAUCUGCUCAUUUUUGUUACUCGCUUUUUCUCCGCGAUUGUGACUUCAUUUUUAGUGCAGGCGUCCGAUGGACUCUCGGAAGACCCUAGUCUUCGUACCAACGAGCUCCUAGCUAACCUGAGGGAGAUUGUCAUCCAGCUCAGUCGUAUUUCGCCAACUGACUUGAACAUCUCCUCACCAGCUCUAUUUGAGCCCGAUCCUGGUGCCGUCCGUCAGAAUGUUUUCUGGUCUCUCUCGCUCAUUAUCAGUGUA